AUGGUGAUGUUCCAGGACGUGGCUGUGUUUUUCACCUUGGAAGAAUGGGCGUUGCUUGUUACAGGCCAGAGAGCUCUCUAUUGGGAAGUCAUGCUGGAGAAUUAUGAGCUGGUGGCUUCUCUGGAUGAUGUUUGGGAGCACAAGAUUGAGGCAGAACCAUCAAAAGUGUCGUUGGAAGGAGCUGACCUGAGGAAUCCAAGUAGACCAAAUAUGCAGGAGGGAAAAUGGACACAGAAGCAGGAGGAUCCGUUGCAAGGCUAUCAAAAUAGUGAAAGCAAAAUUCAAUGGGAAACUUUUAAAGGGACAAAUGAUAAAUGUGGGGAAGGAUUUGCUCUUAUUGGACAACAAAGAAUCCAAAGAGAGACUCAUUAUAAAUGUCUGGAAUGUGGGAAGUGCUUCUUUCGGAGAUCAUGCCUUGACCGACAUCAAAGAAUACACACAGGGGAGAAACCACACAGUUGCCCAGAUUGUGACAAGAGCUUUGGUCAUAAAUCGAGUCUUAUUCAGCAUCUAAGAAUCCACACGGGAGAGAAGCCAUAUCAUUGCUUAGAGUGUGGAAAGAGGUUCGGUCAGAGUGCAUAUCUUAUUCAACAUCAAAGAAUUCACACAGGGGAGAAGCCAUACAGCUGCUCAGGCUGCAGUAAGAGCUUCUCUGAUAAAUCAAGCCUCAUUCAACAUCUAAGAAUACACACAGGAGAGAAACCAUUCAAAUGCAUGGAGUGUGGGAAAAGCUUUAGACAGAGCAGCUACCUUAGUCGACAUCAAAGGAUUCACACAGGAGAGAAACCACAUAGCUGCUUGGACUGUGGCAAGACUUUCUCUGUUAAAUCAAGCCUUGUUCAACAUCUAAGAAUUCACAGUGGAGAGAAACCACAUAGCUGCUCGGACUGUGGCAAGACUUUCUCUGUUAAAUCAAGCCUUGUUCAACAUCUAAGAAUUCACACUGGAGAGAAACCACAUGGUUGCUCCGAGUGUGACAAGAGUUUCUCCCGUAAAUCAAGCCUUAUUCAGCAUCUACGAAUCCACACAGGGCAGAAACCAUAUAAAUGCUUUGAGUGUGGAAGGAGCUUCAGCCAGAGGAUAUGCCUUAGUAAGCAUCAAAGGAUCCACACAGGGGAGAAACCAUGUAGCUGCUCAGAAUGUGGCAAGAGCUUCUCCCACAAAUCAAGCCUUAUUCAGCAUUUAAGAAUUCACACAGGAGAAAAACCAUUUAGUUGUUUUGAAUGUGGCAAGAGCUUUAGACUGAGAGGACACUUUACUCGACAUCAAAGGAUCCAUCUCAGACGCAAAGCCUUGAUAAACAUCAAAAGUCUGCACAGAGCUGAAACUGAAUAA